AUGGCUGGACCUGCUGAGGCAUCGUCAAGGGCGAGCCCCACAAGCAGCUUCAAUUCGAGCCAAGAGUUCUCCGCGUCGAGGGUGCUCUCGAACGGAACUUGUGGCGUUGUCUCAUCGGUGAUAUGGAUCAUCAUCUCUGCUGGCCUCUGCUUCCCGUGGUUGCUGGAGCAGCCCUCGGCAUCCAAGGCUGGGGACUCCCCCAAGUCGGUCGCGUGGUUCGUCGUGUUGGCCAUCGACCUUUUGAUCGGGGCCAUGAGCGUAUUUUCUCUGUGGUUUCGGCGAAGCACUCUGAGCAUCAUGCUGCUCAUUUGGGGCGCUGGCGGCAUCGUGGUCACUUUCUUGAUGGGAAGUUUCGCGAUGCUACCGGCAGUGGCCACAAUAUGCUGCUGUGCGGAAGAAUUGUGCGUCUUGGGCGCGGCCGACAUCUCCCCGCUGGACGAUAGCUUCUGCCAUACGACCCUAGAGCUCUGCAUGGAAACGAAGUGGUCCCUGUGGUGCUACUACGGGGGAAUCCUCUUGGCUAUGACCUCCAUCGUAUUGCUUGUCAACUCGGUCGCCCUACAUCACAAGACCCUCUUGGACUGCGAACGCCGGCGUAAGGAGGCCGCCAAAGCCAUCCGCGCCGCCAACCGCUCCCGGCGGCGCCGCCAGCAGCUCUGGGAGCAAGAGGUCUACGGAGGCGGCAGCUACGCGGGCAGUCUCUCCGGUGCACGUCCGCCAAGCACCCGAAGGACCGGCGGCGCCGACGAUAACAGCCACGCCGGUGGCUCGACGCUGCUGCUAAAUCCCGCCGAGACGUCGAGCUCCCGCGGCCGCGGUGGCGCCCCCGCCAUAGCGCCGUCGUUCGAAUCCCCGACUCGUGGUUACCCCCGAAAGCCGGUCGCCACGGCCGAGGUCGGCGGCGGCAGGGUCACGCCACCGGUGGAGUUUGCCGCGCUGGACCCGACGGGAGGCACGGACAUUGAGAUGAGCAGGCUGGGCUCCCCGACUUCAGCCGCGAUGUCCCAGAGCGGCCAAGACGAAGGCGACGGUAACUUUGGCGGCGAGGGUGGCGGCGGCGGCGGCGGCGGCGGGUUUACGAUCGGCGCGUACACGGGCGGGACGAAGAACCGCCUCAGCAACCUUGAGGAGGAGACUGCGAGGAUGUCGUCGUGGGGCAGGGGUGAAACAGCCAACACGGGGGCGGCGAUGAACUGGGUGGCCGGCGGAGGGGCUGGGGACGGUCAGAUCACACCGAAGACGGCCCUAAGGUUCAAGACCAGCGCGCUCUCUAGAGCGAUGCACCGCUGA